AUGGCUGAGCUAAAGCAUCCUGAAGAAGAAAGCCUCGAAAAUAAACCAUGGUGCUGGACAACAGUCCUUGCGCAAUCAAAGCCUCCUUGUCAAAGAUCAUUGCACACAGGUGUUGUAUUAGAAAACUCAUUAUAUAUUUUUGGAGGCUACGACGGUGUGCAAAGAACAAAUGAUUUUUAUCGAUUCAGUUUUGCGAAUUCCCGAUGAACCCAAAUAGUAUCCAACGGUGUUUUUCCGACUCCUAGAGACCGGCAUGUAUCAGUAGUAUUUGGCACCUGCGUUUACGUAUAUGGAGGUUACGACGGAUAUAACAGAGUCAAUGAUUUUUAUGAGUAUAAUGCUGAAACGAAUACAUGAAGAGAAAUAAUUAGCUCGGGCAAUGGAAGUCCGCCUUCAGCCCGACACAGCCAUUCAGGCGUUGUAUAUGAAGGCUCUAUGUAUAUUUUUGCAGGAUAUGAUGGACUUUAUAGAAAUGAUUUUCAUAGGUACAAUUUUGAAACAAAUUCGUGAAGGAUCGUGACUGACAGUUUAGGAGCAAAUGAGCAUUGGCCGAAGCCCAGGUAUAGAACGACAGCAACAGUGGUAGGUGAUAAAAUGCUUGUAUUUGGAGGGCAUGAUGGAGCGAGACAGUUGAACGAUUUUUAUGCAUGAAGCUUUACGAAUGAAACAUGAAGUGAAAUUGAAACUCUAGGGUUUCCUCCCAGUCCUCGGGACUCUCAUGUAGCAGUUAGCUUUAAAAACUCGCUUUUUAUAUUUGGAGGAUCAACUGGGAAUGCGAGAAGUGAUUUCUUUGAAUACAAAUUUGAUGAGCAGAGGUGGCUUCCUAUUUGUUCGACAGGAGGCACUCCUCCAUGCAGUAGAUUUUGCCACAUUGGAGUGGUUUAUGGGAAAUGCUUCUUUAUUUUUGGAGGAUAUGAUGGUUCUACAAGGUUAAACGAUUUCAAACAAUUCCGAUUUGAAACUGAAAGCUCAGAUGUCCCAGAGAGUACACUGACUCAAGAGCUUUCCUGCCUUGUAAAUAAUCAGCAAUUCAGUGAUAUCACCUUUAUUAUAGAAGGAAAACCAAUCUAUGCACAUAAAUUGCUACUGUGCCGGUCGAAUUACUUUUCAGCAAUGUUCAGCGGAAAUAUGAUUGAAGGGAAUUCCAAAGAAAUCACAAUUAAUAACAUUUCUUACCCUAUUUUCUUGACUAUUUUGAGGUAUCUAUAUACUGAUCAAGCUGAUGUUAAUUUAGAAAUUGCAAUGGACUUGUUUGAAGCAGCGGAUUUGUUUUGUAUUGAGAGAUUGAAGAAAAUCUGCGAGCAAAGAAUAAUGUCAUCAAUUAAUAUAUAGUGAUUCUCUAUAGAUUGCAUAAUAGGCAUUAUAUAUAUAGCCCAUCUCCCUAUAUAGAUUUCUUUAUAGAGUAAAAUGUAAUGAACGGUAAAUAGCCAAGACAGACUCUCUCAAGGGAAAUUGCUAUAUAAAAAGCCAAAGUUUGUAUUGAACGCUGGUUGCUCUUAUGAAGUUCUUAAUGUCUCAUAAUAAUGUUUUAUAUUUAUGCUUUCCAGUCUAAAGGGUAUCUUUAAUUUUAAAUUAAUUUUAAUAAUAAACCCAUUUAAAAAAUUGGCGCAUUUGCUUGCCAACUUUUUGUACACUCAUUAAUGCCACUUUUUAACGUUUCCUGGUGUAAGAUCCUGCUUGUUCCUUUGAGAGAGCCGGUCUUGGUCAUUCAGCCGUCCUUUGCAUUUUGUUCGAUUAAUAACUCUAUAUAGGGGCAUAGACUAUAGUUUUUUUUGCUACAGUUUAUGAGAAAGAUAUAGAAAAUGCAGCCAAUAUUUUUCAGGCUAGUGAUUUGCAUGGAGCUUCAAAUUUGAGGGAAGCGUCGCUGAGAUAUAUUGUUAAUAAUUUUGACCAGGUUUGCAAAACGGCAUCUUUUAAAGAUAUGGCCAGAGCAAAUGUGGAGCUUGUGCUAGAGAUAUUGAAUAAGCGAUAA